AUGAGCGUGACAUUUUCGACGCUGGUGCACGUGGUACCUGAGGUGACGAAUACAUGGGUAGCAACCGUGAGCUGUCCAUGCUACAACAUCGAGCCUUUCUUCACGGUGAACCUAACCUUCCCAAGUGCAGCUCAUCCUCCAUGGAAUCUCACCGUAGAAAUUGCCUACGAAGCGAACAUUACCGGUUCUACCUACCUCAGCGACAUCUUUGUUGCGCCUCGGGUGGAAACCUUCGGCACAUUCGACGGCGCCUCCCCAGGCGGGGCCAGCGGUGCCCCCAAGGAGCUAAAGCUGGGUUACUUGCUGCAGCCAACACGCGGCGGCAACUACACUCUGCACGUCAAACUUUCCAACGAAGUGUCCAACUCGUCGCUCAACCCUGUACAGAUCCAGGUAAUGGAAGGUAUUCGGGACGUGAGAGGAGUGGUCACGUGGGUAAUGAACGGGAUAGAACUACCUGGUACCGGGCCAGCUAAGGACAUCUAUGUUGCGAACUUGACAACCCUGGUCACUCCGAGCACCUUGACAGGUACGCCUCUGCAGUGGCGACUUUACAUUUUACCAACCAAGCAGGAGCAAAUCGUUGACUACGUUCCUGGCUAUAAAUUCAACCUCACCUACCCUGCGGUGGGGCCAGUAACGUUCAUCGUGGGCGCGUACAACACCAAGCAAGGCUGGGUGACGGGACCACCCAUUAACGUCACAUUUGUUGACAAAAUCGCUGGGUUCUCUUUAUCCGACGACGGAGCGCUGGGAUCAGUGAAUGUGUCGAAACCGGUGAUCUCAAACUUUGAGAUCCUUACCCCGAUUUCUUGCCUGAUGAUCAACUGGGGGGAUAACUCAACAGAAGAAACCUACGGAGACCAAGCCACGUGUUGGAUGGGGUUCCCGGAACUCCCCUUCAGAGGAACUAUCACCUCAAAUCAGAUCUUGAACCAUACUUACAUGCAGGAAGGCAUCUUCACGGUAUCGGGGCUCGCCUAUGACCUAAGUCUAAACGCACUGACGUCUCAGCUGGUUGUGGUGGUGGCUGACAUCCCCUGCAAGAUGCCCAACGUGAGCAUCGCGGACUCAGUAAAGCAGGUGUACAACGCGCCAACACAGAUCAAAAGUCUCCCUAUACGGGUCCAGUCGAACACCAUCAUCGAAUGCAACAGGACCGUCACUGUAAAACGAUACUGGACUGUAACAAUGGUCAACGGCACAACAGGCCAGGCGUUAGCAGAGAAGCCGAUAGAGGGAAUUGUUAGCUCUUGGAAUUACACGACACUUAUUCUGGAUGCUCUCUUUCUAGACAUCGGCUUCUACAAAUUCACAUACACUGUCGAUAUUCAGGCCAGCAAGAUAGUGUCGCUCGUGAGGAGUGACUUCACGUACUACCAGGUCAUUCGGAGUAACCUGAGCGCCAGCAUUCUUCCUGGUGGCAUCACGAGCACGAGUCGCGCGUUCAUGCAGAGCCUCGACCUCAAACCCGGCACGGAGAGCGUCGACCCCGACGAGCCCGGCGUGCCGUUCACGAACGUAAAAUGGUAUUGCCGACAAGUGCUGCCGUCUGCGGAAAAACUUCAGGUGGAUGCGAACAACUUUCCCCUUCCAGUCAACACGCAGCCCAUCCCAGACCCCAAGACGGCAGUCGGCAAAACUGGCGGAGGAUGCUUCGGCGUGGGCCCUGGCAUGCUUUCUUACAAUGGUUCGAUGCUGAGCUUCCAGGUUUCUUCAUUUUAUCUGGCCGACGCAACGUUCGAGUUCACGGUUGUCGUACAGAAGGAUGAGAGACGCGCUGCAGCCACUCUAGAGAUCAAAGUGGUGGCUCAACCGCCUCCUGAGGUGGCCAUCAGAUGUUCUGUGCCAAGUCUCUGCCUGAUGCAGAGCGAUGGUCAACUAGUGAACCCAGCGGUGCCUCUCACUCUUGUGGGCAACUGUACCAACUAUUGCACGACUACUCGCUACUACAGUUGGGAAGUCAAGAAACAAAACGGCGAUUACAUUGUCAUCGAUCAGCCGAACUGUGACUCGACCAAGACCAGCUGCUUGCAAAGUUUCGACUCGGGAACCGACGGUGUGACGGUCAGUAUCUCCCCUUCCAUGUUUGUGCUGAAUCCACUCUCAGAACAGUUCACCGUUCGCCUCACCAUCAUCACCUCCGACAACCGAAUCGGAUUCUCUCAAAUCUCGAUUAAGAAAAAUAAACCCCCCAUCGGCGGCAACUGCACCAUUUCAUCCGACAACGGCUAUUACUGUCUCAUGUCAAAAUUCAUGAUAUCGUGCGAUAAGUGGCAAGACCCUGAGGGGAUAGGAAUCGCCGCCUACAAUUUCUACUAUUUGGAACACACAAUUGAAGGGAAGACCGUCAAAGCAGCAAUGGCCAGUACUCAGCAGAUCAGCUUGUCUGCAGUUCUACCCUACGGAAAUUUCAGCCUGUACGUUGAAGUCUCUGACUCAUUCGGCGCGUUCACGUUGUGCUUCGUCAGUAAUGUUUCGACCAUCAUGCCAACUAAAGAGAUGGUGAAUGCCUAUAAUACGAGUGGAAUUUUGGCGUCUCUUUCCACAGCAGGUGACUCUAUUCAACUCACGAUGUUCAUCAAAGCAUUGAACUCUCUCACAGCAAAUGCCAACUGGAGUGACAUCUCAGACAACUCGUUCAAUCAAAAAAACCUAGAAGAGCAACAAGCUAUUUUAGCCGAACUAUCAGAUUCCAAGUCGCGCCAACUUCAAUCCCUAAAGAACUCUGCUCCUCCAUCCAGCAUCGCCGAAGUCAACGUGUUCUCCGAUGUUCUGGACAGCGUAGUGUCCGUUGUGUUGGGCAGUCAAGCUGGUUCUAUGACAGUUGGAUUAGAUGCUAGAGAAGAUUGCCUUACUUCAUUGGAAAAAACCGCGCACUCCUUGCCUGGAAUAACCGUUCGUUCAGCUUCCGAGUAUGAACAGUUCGUUAAAAGCUCCCUUAACGUAAUGACAGCUUUGAUGAAAGGUAUGAAUGCGAUUCUCGAAACUCAAGUACUCCUGCCACCCAAAGAUAUACAGGCUGCUGCCGACGGUGCAUUAGACUAUGACGGUGCUGUCCCUGAUGACCCAAACAUGGCAAUUCCAGACAAUGUUCAUGAUAUUUACAAGCAGAGUAUAAUGGAAAGUACCAAGAGACAAAGUAUUUCUCAGCUUAAGCGAAUGAAUGCUGUCGUUGAGACCAUUAAUACCCAAGUUUUAUCAAAACUAGUUACAGGCCAAACUUUCACGACACGUUCCGCCUCUGGUACUUCGAUUAAUAUCGCAAAAAUCGGAGAAGAAACCUUGAAAAAAGGGAGGACCAUUUUGUCUCCAAUUGAUCAAAAUAGUUCAGUCAUUCUACCUGAGAACUUUUGCCCUUCAAGCUUCAUAAAUGAAUAUUCGGACUGCCUUGAAGAAUUCGGAUUGAUGUUUUUGACGUGGCCUGUUAUCACUCACUUUCAUCCAGAAACUCGAACUUUAUUAGCUAGAUACUCUAGCAUAAUCGAGCUUGUGGUAACCAGCAACGACCUGCGGGUAAACGUCACGAACGCGACUAAACUGAUAAAUGUGGUAAUUCCCCGUGAUUCCGAUAUAUAUUUGAACCCUCUAAUGGUGAAUGUUAGCGAGAAUAUCAACAAAGCCGUUCCCCUGGUAUUUCAUUACUUCAAUAUCACUGCUCCGCAAGCUGGCUACAUGAUCGCUAUUCAGCCAUCAUCAACUGCCGAACGCCUCGUUCUGCUUGUUGCUCAUGAAAUGUUCCCCGUUCCCGGAAAGUUUCUCUUCAGCGGUUUAGUUGGAGAGUUGCCUUUCAUUGCUGAUUACCGCACUCUGUUUAUCGACUCGGACACGAACAACAACCGAACAGGGCGGUUUGUGGCUGGUAUUGGAAAACUUCUCAAUAAUGCUCACCCGUCAAAUUUUACUCGUAAAGACUUGGAUGAAAAAUUCGCUACGAAUUACCGGUUCAAAAUCACGAUUGUUGGUUGUUACUUCUAUGAUGAAACACAAACCCAAUGGUCAGCCAUGGGCUUGAAAGUGCUUGCCGCUAACGCAACCCAUACAAAAUGCGGUACCAACCAUCUUUCCCAGUUUGGAUCAGGAUUUUUACCGACUGUGAAUGAAGUGAAUUUUGACUUCUUAACAGCUAAUAUGGGCUUCAUAGAUAAUUCCACACUAUACAUAACUCUGAUAUUACUUUUCGUCUUGUUCAUCAUUGCAAUGAUUUGGGGCCAUUACAAGGACAAAAAAGAUGUUGAAAGGAGAGGUGUUAUUGCUUUGCCCGACAACAAACCUGAAGAUAAAUACAUUUAUGAAGUUACUUUCGUCACCGGCCCUGAUUCGGACGCUCCAUGUGAAUCUCAAAUAUAUUUCAUUGCAUCAGGUGAUUAUGACGAAACAGAAGUACGUUUCCUGCCCAAAGCAAACCCGAAUCUCUACCGUCGAUACGACAGGAACACAUUUGUAAUGACAACGUCUAGACCUCUUGGCCCUUUGCACUACCUUAGAGUUUUUCUAGACAAUAGAGGCAGGUUGCCGUACGACAGCUGGCAGCUUGAACGGGUUGUGUUCAGAGACCUCCAGAAGUUUGAGCAGUACACCUUCGAAACGAAUGCCUGGCUUGCCCUCAAUCGCGGUGAUGGGUUGGUUGACAGAACAUUCUUAUGCGCCAAUUACAACGAAGAUGUUUCUACUUUUUCGCAGAAGAUGUACGUCAAUGUAAAUCGAAACGCUAAUCAAGAUCAUAUUUGGAUGUCGGUAUUCUUGCGUCCAAUCGGCUCCCGCUACUGUCGAAAAGAAAGAAUCGUUGUGUGCGCGACGUUCCUAUUUGUUUCCAUGCUUCUCAAUGCGAUGUUCUAUGAGGUGGAAGGAGAGUCUCCAAUAGAUGCAUAUGCGUUCGUUGGCCCCGUUCCAAUUUCUCUGUCUCAAAUGUUCAAAGGCAUGAUUGCGAUCAUGCUGUUACUCCCAUUUACGUCGCUACUUGGAGCUGUAUUCAAACGAGCUCGUCCAAGGAAAAACAUUCGUUGUCAAGCUCUAGAUGCCAUCGAAAAGCAAAGAAAAAAGCAAUAUAUUGCAAAAGGAUUGCCAGAAGAAGAUGCUACAGAAAAGUCAAAAGUAAGUGAAAAGAAUGAAGAAGAACCCAAACCAAAGGUUAAACCUGCAUUAAAAUGUCUUCCGUGGUGGACGAGGCCACUUGGAUGGGUUGCUUGUGCUGUGGCUAUGGCAGGGUCCGUGUUCAUCGUUUGGAGUUAUGGAAUUACUUGGGGAGAGAUAACAACCGUCAAAUGGUUUUCUUCGUUCUUCACUACCUUCUUGGUGUCAAUUCUGGUGAGCCAAUGGCUGAAGGUGGCGUUUGCUUCGUGCUUGGGCAGCAUUUGUUGUUCUCCUAACCACUCUGUUGAGGACAUUGACUGCGAUGAAAAACUUCCUCAACUAAAGGAAGAUGAAACAUGGGCUUUCAUGAGUCCCUUGGACCCGUCCACCGUGAGGAAGGUUCACAGAGUCAUUGGCGCUACCCACGAUGUUGACAAGACGAACAAGUUGAGCGUUAAACUCACCAAAAAUCGAGACAUGAAAUUCAUCGUUCGAGGGAUCAUAAUUUAUUGCGUAUUCCUCGCUGUGCUCUUCAUAAUCGUUAACGACAAGACGGACUACAACGCCUUCCUGCUGCAAGAUAAUUUCAAAACGGUCUUCAUUGACAGGCCAUAUUUUUCACGCGGGCGCCUGUACGAGCUGCGCAACACGGACCAGUUUUGGCGCUAUGCAAAGUCCACGAUUAUGAGCUUAACGCGAGCGCAGCGCUGGUACAACGGUAAGACGCCCUAUGGCCUACGAGGCUUCUUGGAUGACAGGGCCAACCGCAUGGUAGGAUACCCCAUCCUACGGCAGAUACGCAACUCCCGCUUCGUCUGCUCGGUACCGUACCCGAUGAACGAGACUAUUGAAGAAUGCACAGGUAUGAGGAACCUUCUCUUGGAAGAUGACCAGGAUUACUGUGCUAGUUGGGUGCUUGAUGAUCCCUCUAGUGCCUCAUGCAAGUACCCUGAGUUCAGGUAUCAAACAGCAAGCGAACUAAAAACCUUCACAACUGUGGGUCGACUUGGAACUUAUGGAGCUGGUGGAUACGUUAUCAGACUUAAUGGCAAUCAAGAUGAUGUUAUUGCGAGGCUAGAUCAGCUCCAAAAAGUUCAAUGGAUUGACAAGCGAUCGCGAGCUGUGUUCCUGGAGUUCUCUGUGUACAACGCCAAUGUGAACUUAUUCAUGACGUGUGUGAUUUUGUUCGAGAUCAACGAAGGUGGUGGGAUGAUCACAAAAUGGAGGUUCGAGCCUGUUCGACUUCUCCGACUUGAGAGUAGCUUAAGCGAUAACCUCGUACGUUUUUGCGAGCUUUUGUUCGUCGGGUCAACAGUUUUCUUCACCCUGAGGCAGCUGUGGGAAAUAAAGAAACAAAGGUGCGGCUACUUCUUCAAGUACUGGAACAUUGCAGAACUCCUUCUGGUGUCGUUUUCUUGGGUGGAAAUUGCCUUGUACAUUUACAAGAUGCUCCUCACUCUCGAAAUUGCCGAUGAGUUCAAUCAAACAAAAGGAAACGCUUAUCUGCGAAUGGACCAGCCAGUUUUGGUGGACCAAUAUUAUACGUGCAUUCUUGGCAUUAUUAUGUUUAUAUCCUUGCUCAAACUCAUUAAACUCAUGCAGUUCAACAAAAGGAUGGACGUGCUGGCACUCACCAUUUCAUUGUGUUGGGAUGAGCUGUCGUAUUUUCUCAUUGCUUUUGUAAUCAUAUUCUUCGCAUUCAGCUGCCUCUUCUUCUUCAUCUUCUUUUUGAAUUUACCAGAAUUCAGUUCAAUUCUCUCUGCUGUCCAGACAAGCUUCUCAAUGAUGCUCGGUAAAUUCGACUUCGAUCAAAUGCAACAGGCAAACUCGCUGUCACCUCUCCUAUUCUUCGUCUUUUCAGUAAUGAAUAGCAUGAUUCUUGUCAACAUAAUGCUUGUUAUAAUCUUGAAAGCCUUCAACGAAGUCAAAGUGGAUCUGAGUAAAAGAGAGAACCCCUACGAGGUCAUGGACUACAUGUGGGAUACUUUCAAGAAGACCCUUGUCCUCCAGCCCAACGAAAUCAACCAAGUUCACGUGAAUCUGAACAUGAGAGAUCAUGUUGUCAAAUAUGCUGGUGGUGAUGGCGAUUUGUCAGACAAGUUGGGGCAGCUGCUGCAGCACGUCAACAACGUUUACUUCGACGGCAAGCUUGACGUCUCUAACUCGCGUGCGAUGAAGGCAGCCCUCGGCGCGGACGCUCAGAAGAGGCGGAUGCCCGUCUUCCAACACGACGCAAAGCCCAGGACCAUCUUCUUCAGCGACUAAAGUCGCACUGACUGGCGAUGCAAGAAAUUGUGCUUGUUUAUUGAAUUGUGCCUUUAGGCAGAGAUUGGACACUACUUUUGAAAAACAAAAACUUUUAAAAAUCAUUCCAUGUGAGGUUUCAGUCACCCGCAUGAAAUAAAAUUAAAUGUGCCCUACUAUCGAAAUCUUAAGUAUGAAUUGUCUGAGAAAGAUGCGCAUCAAAUUACCUGAGACGCAAUGCGUACAAUUCAUAUUAAGAUACAGUAUUAUUUUAAAUGAUGAGCCCAAGUUAAUAAAUUCGUUUUUAUUUAACUAUAAAUUUAAACUGAAUAAUUUAUACAUCAAUGGAAUGAGAAGAAUUCCAUUUUUUCACACAUUUAUGAAUGUUGAAUAUGUCCCCCCUAUGCUGCACGGUAAACAUCUCUAAACGGUAGCCAAACUCUUCCCACACACG